AUGGGUGAGGUUGAUCAAUGGGAAAACAUUCAUGAAGAUAUGCUGAACCAAAUUGCAAAGCGACUCUAUUCAUAUGAUGACUACCUUCAACUUCCAUUGGUUUGCAAGCAAUGGAACUCCAAACUUCCCAAGAUUCCCAAUGGCAUCAAAGCUCCGUGGCUGCUAGUACCUAUUGGUGGCGCUGCUAAAGAACCUUUCAAAGCUGGUAAGGACAUCUGCCAUGUCUCACAACUACCUACCAUUGAUGAAGAAACUGUUGACACUUUCAGUGUGGAAGAGAAGGGAAUUUACCAUCUCAAACUAGAGCUGCAAUACAAUCUUAUCCGUGGUUCUUGUCAUGGAUGGCUAAUAAUUGUAUCCAUAUAUGAAGGCACUAUACGAAUGCUAAAUCCAUUGACAAAGGUUUGCUUGGAUCUUCCUCCAAUCUCAACUCUACCAAACGUAAAUGAUGAUGGAGAUGAAUGUUCUUAUUAUCUUGGACCCUUAAAAUACAUCACGGACAUUGUAUAUGCAUAUAAAAUUAUAGUUUGGAAGGUUGUUAUAAAUUCAGCUCCUAUCAAUGACAAUAACAAUAAUUUUAUGGCUGUGGCUUUAUAUGGAGCAGCUACUCAUUUGGCUUUUUACAAGUCGAAUAGCAGGAAAUGGAUCAAAUUAACAACCAAUGACGAUCCAUAUACAUACUUUCAAGACGUUAUAUUUUUUCAAGAGAAGAUAUAUAUAAUAGAUGAUAAUGGGCAGCUAUACGAGUUUGAUACAAACACAAAGGCAGAGCCCGUGAGAAUAACUCAUGAAGUCACGCCUCCAUCUGAUGUUGUCACUCAAGAAGAAGUCACCAAUCUUAAAUACCUGAUUGGUUGUGCUGAUGGAAGUUUAUUGAUGGUGGUAAGACAUGUUCAUAAUUUGAUGCAGCAAGAUAAUCAGCGUUCCUAUGAGACUAUCAAAUUCGAUAUUUAUGAAUUGAAGAAAAAUGCAAACACAUGGUCAAGAAUAACUAGUUUGGGGAAUUAUGUGUUGGUAAUUGGAUUCAAUGGUUCUGUUCAAAUGUUGGCUGACGAUUUUUCAAAUUGCAAAGGAAAUCAGAUCUUCUUUACUGAUAAUUUUGUUGAUGACCAAACGUUAGACGACGUUGUUUACUAUCAUAAUAUUGGCAUCUUCAAUUUGGAAGAUGAGAGUUGUCAAACAGUAUUAUCAGAUGUUAACUUUUUUUGUCCUCCUGUUUGGAUAUUGCUUUAA